AUGGCAGGUCCCAACACGGUUCAGUUCCUGGGUAUCAGUAAGUCCUUAGGCACAGCCCAGACCUCAGGCACACAGCAGGACCCAACCUCAGGAGUGAAAACCCAGUCCAGAAUGCCUGUGGGCGGGGAAGAACUCUGGUGGACUCUGGAUUUGCCCAGGUGUGUCUCCAGGAACCAGGUGUCCUCAGUCAGUUAUUGCCAUGGACACAGGCAGUAUCUCACCUACAACUCGGAUCCCGGGGAUUUGUUCUAUUCUGAUGCCCUUAUUGAGGAUUCCAAGCUGGUGGUGCUGACCGUGCGCAACUACUCCCGCUGGCAGGAUGUGUCCAUGCACAGGAUGGAGAUGAUCAGCCACUUCUCCGAGCGGCGCUUUCUGCAGGAGGUGGACUACCUGGUGUGUGCAGAUGUGGACAUGAAGUUCCAAGACCACGUGGGUGUGGAGAUUCUCUCAGCACUCUUCGGUACCCUGCAUCCUGGCUUCUACAGAAGCAGCCGAGAGGCCUUUACCUAUGAGCGCCGGCCGAAGUCCCAGGCCUACAUUCCCCGGGACGAGGGUGACUUUUACUAUGCAGGAGGCUUCUUUGGGGGGUCAGUGGUGGAGGUACACCGUCUCACCAAGGCCUGCCAUCAGGCUAUGGUGGAGGACAAGGCCAAUGGCAUCGAGGCCGUCUGGCAUGAUGAGAGCUAUCUGAACAAGUACCUGCUGUACCACAAGCCUACAAAGGUGCUGUCCCCAGAGUAUGUGUGGGACCAGAAGCUGCUGGGCUGGCCCUCCGUCAUGAAGAAGCUGAGAUAUGUGGCUGUGCCCAAGAACCAUCAGGCAAUCAGGAACAGAUAGCUGAAUUCCUGUUGGAGAGGCCAGGCUUAUAUCCAGGGUCACUCCAGGCUGUGUGGAACUGGGAAUAUUUGAGAGAGAUUUAUGAAGUGUCCCCAUCUACCCCCACUUCAGGGUCUAGCAGGCCCAGUACCACUUGUC